AUGCGAUCCCCUUCUCCAGAGGAGCUCCCCCAGCCGCCCCAAAUCCAUCAACACAAACCAUCUCGACACCACGCCUCUACGUCAACCUCAUCAACACCGGCCCUCAGCAAACAACGUCCACACUCUCUUCAAUUCUCCUUCCCACCCCUGUUCCAGACGAACGCCUCAUCGACGAGCCUAGUGCCCUCAAAUGCAGAGGGAAAACCCAUUCCCGUUGACAAUUCAACUGCUGAGCAUCGAACGUCGGCUCUUCGAGAGUUGAAUAGUAAUUUCCCCACUCGUCAUCGAUACGGACAGUCUACUGGUGCCCAGAGCAGUACCUAUUCCCAGCCUGUGAUCGUGCGAAGUUACUACGCUCCUGUACCAGCACAGCCUGCGGACAGAGGAGUCAUUGUUGUCAACGGUCGAGGGCACCGCUCAGCACUCUCAGAAAGUAGCGGCCCUUCAGCUUUCGUACGACGAGUGCUGCCUUUCGGUGCAGGUUCUGCCUCGGUCCGGAAUGGAAUUAUGGGUACAAUGGCGAGAAAUCGAACAAAGAAACGACUCGAGAAUGAACCAGAGGAGCCAAAACUUCCAUCUGUCGAAGCCUUCCGCUUCAAAAGCUUCAUGGCUAAUCUAGAAGACCAGAGUGGUGGUACUGAUAUAAAUGCUGAUCUGGACCGUAUCGCAGAGAUCUGUGCUAAAUCACGAUACUCUCUUAGCAACCAGUAUGAAGUUCAUUAUGCUCCCCAUGGCUCAGGCUCGUCUUUUAUGGCUCCAGCUAUUGAGAGUCAGGAGGCUCAUGGACCCACCCUUCAAGCUGUGUCAUCCGAUGAUGAGAGGAACAUCAAACAAUCUAGAAAACGACCGAUGGGCGUGAGGAGGAACAGCAGAGCCAUGGGGACAUUGGAGACCAUAAUGUCAUCGAGUAGAUCAUCGGAUGAAGAUAAAUCGAAGAAGUCCGCUGCAGAGAUUGCCGAGGACGUUCGCGGCAGAGCCGCACAAAAAGGGUCCAGCAAACACGGAUCAUCGGUCUCGUCUGAGGGAGGAGCCAGCGAGAACGUGUUCCUGGAAGAGGAGGAUGUAAGACAGCGGUCACCUCGCCAAAAACGGUCUGGUUCAUUGGCCCUCAUUGAUGGCAAUCGGUUGAGCAUGCACCUCCAUGAUUUGGAUUCGAGUCGACUCACGGCUGCUGGUCUUGUCAGUGAGCCUGCCUUACCUCAAACAUCAAGCAGUCAACUCGAAAUCCGAACAGCACCUGAGGUAACAAACAAAGAGCAUCUUCCUGGUAUACCAAAGAAGGGCCUUGCAGCUACAGAAGGACUUGACCAGCCGGUCGUCCAUGGCUCUAUAUCUGCAAUCGAGACAUCUAACCAAAGGAGCAAUUUGAUGUCCACGCUUAGUGGUUGGAUGACUUGGCGUUCGCCUGAUACUUUGCCAACGAUUAAGGGCCGUGCGGAGGUUAGUCUACGUGAGCUUCUGAAAACUCGAGAUAUUAAAGGAAAAGGUGUCGAGGCGGCGGCGUAUCAGUAA